AUGGAACGUCCAGAGUACGAAUACGAUAAAAUACAAAAAAUACCAAAAAUUAUGGACGCGUCUAUUAAAUUUCAAUUAUUAAUUGUGGCUUGCAUCAACAUUGGUCAAAUCAUAGUAGGGUAUAGUGUAGGAUGGUCAGCUCCAAUCAUUCCUAAACUGCAGGACAAUUCGACGAGUCCUCUACCUGAGCCCAUAACUGAUCUUCAGGCGUCAUGGAUAGGUUCGCUGUUGUAUAUAGGUGCCAUGAUAGGCCCCUAUGUUACUGGUAUUUUAUCAAAUCUCAUCGGCAGGAAACCAUGUCUGCUGAUGGGUGGAUGCUUGAACAUUCUGUGUUACGUGCUCGUAAUAACAACAAAAAAUAUCUCCAUGGUUUUGGCGUUGAGAGUUAUAAGUGGUCUUGGGAUGGGAAUUACUACUGUAUGCAACUUGGUGUACGUUGGUGAAAUUGCAUCAACACACAUAAGGGGUAUAUUGCUAACAUCAACUGGAAUAGUAGGAAUAACUGGAACCUUGAUAGUUUACGCCGUAGUACCGUACGUAUCUUAUGUGACAACUGGUUACAUUGCGCUCGCAGUGAGCAUUGCACAUGUCAUUGGCCUGUUCUUCGUACCAGAGUCGCCGGUCUAUUACGCUAUGAAAGGUCAAGAAAUCAAAGCAGCAAAAACACUUAACUUACUUGGAAGAUCAUCGGAUUUAGACAAGAUUUUAGAGACCUUUGCGCAGAAAAAAAGAGACUCAUCGGACAAAAUAAAAGACUGGAUUGAAAUUUUCACAAUUAAAUCAAAUAGAAUGUCAUUGUUUAUAACAUUUACACUGGGUGCCCUUCAGCAGACGAGUGGUGUAGCCGUUGUAUUAUUCUUUGCCACCACAAUUUUCGAGCUGGCUGGAUCAUCUAUUAGACCAGAUGUUGCAACAAUAAUAAUUGGUGUAACAAGAUUAGUGUCGAGCAUAAUCGCUCCUACAUUUGUAGAAAGAUCUGGAAGAAAAAUUCUAUUACUGGUUUCUAUGGCUGCAUGUGCAUUCAGUUUGGGUAUUCUCGGUUUGUUUUUCUUCUUGGAAAGGAUACAGAGUUCGGUAAUUGAAUCGAUAGGUUGGCUUCCACUAGUUGCAUUAAUAAUUUAUUUCUUCUCAUACGAAGCCGGUUUUGGAACUAUACCGAAUGCAAUCGUGGGUGAGAUGUUCCGAGCCAAUGUUCGUGCGAACGGUUCUGCUCUCGCCAUCACUUUGACGUGGCUGGUUGGUUUCGGCCUCACUGCCAGUUUCACCACUAUGGUUAACGUCCUAGGGGGAGAUGUCACAUUUUGGAUCUUCGGAGGAACCUGCAUUAUAGCGUUCUUCUUUACGUACUUUAUCGUUCCAGAGACAAAAGGCAAAACCCUAAAUGAAAUUCAGGAAAUGAUGAGCUAG